CGGGAGCAGAAUAUUGCAGGAAAUUUCUCAAAAUGCCUUACGCAUUUCAUAUUAUUUUCUCGUUCGUGUUGUUGACCGCGUUGUGUGCGGUGGACGCAAAGACAAAUGUCAAGCAAUGUAAAGACACGUCAAAACCUAUGCCUCUGAGCGUAAGCAUAGAGGGUUGCGAGGAGCCGCCAUGCAUAGUCUAUAAAGGCCAAACAUCCAUUAUUGCAGUACACUUUGUGAGCACCAAGGACAAUAUUCGAAAUCUCACAGCGCGGUGCUAUGCCACGACUUUGGGUAUAACUGUACCUUAUGAAUUGCCUGAAGAUGUGGCAGAUGUUUGCCAAAAUCUCUUAUAUGGCGCCAUGUGCCCACUCUAUGCAACCGAAGAUAUUGUGUAUGAUUUCCAGUUUUACGUCGACACCCACUAUCCCGAAAUUGCAGUUACCAUUGAACUGAAUUUAGCCGAUGCAGAUGACGAUGUAAUAGCCUGCUUUAGUACGAGUAUUCGUGUGCGUAAGGGCACUCGAACGAAUGUUAUAACAGACUCUAUAACUAAUAAUACAAAUCACAUUUGGAGUUAAUCCAUUAAGGUGUAUUUCGUUGCAGAA